UAUUUUCGUUUUUGCGUUUUAUAAAAAGCUUCGUACGAAUCGAAUAUAAAAAGCGUAAGAAGAAGAACACUUAACUAACACAACUGAAAUAGCUGAAAUAGUCUAGUCUACUUUAAGCUCCCAGUCGGGAAGCAUGAAUUUUCCGAGUUUUUACGGUAACAUUACGUAUUAUAAAGAAAGCUCACAACAUAAACAAUGCAAAUAAAUUGAAUAUCAAAGGAAAUGAAAAAAUGUUAUUUUAAAUACUUAAUACAACUGAAAUCAUGAACAUAACUAUGUCAAGAUUACAUUAAAUUUGUUUAAUAAAAAAAUAUUACAACUUUUGGAUUAUUUUCGCACUUCCAAACAAUAAAUCAACAUCCAUAGAAUUGUAAAAAAAAACAGAAAGUUAAGCAACAAACGGCCUGCUUAACAAAAGCACGUGAAGCAAUGGAGCUAAGGAAUCUGGAAGAAUCUCAACAUCUAUGCCCACAAUUAACUAAAGGCGAAGUGAUAAUUAGUAAUGGUGGCGAUCGAGCGCCGCCAAAAAUCAGGGAUUGUUCAAAGAAACCACAAUGGGGUAAAUUACUAACCCUUGUUGGUUAUGCUUCUACAAUUGGCUCAGCCGUACCGGUGGGUUAUUGCAUUGGUGUUAUUAACAGUCCGGCAACAUUAAUCAAAUCAUGGUGCAACGAUGUUAUUAAUCAACGUUACAACGUUCAGUUAAGUGCUUCGAAUUUAGAAAUCCUAUGGGCAUCAAUCGUUUCAGUAUUUCUGAUAGGUGGAGCGAUUGGGUCAUUGGGUGGUGCUUGGGUGGCCAACAAAUUUGGAAGGAAAGGAUGCUUUCUCAUUAGUGGUUUAUUGUUUAUGAUCGGUGGUAUUAUGUUUUCCUUUUGCCGUAUGGCUAAUUCGGUGGAAAUGUUAAUAUUGGGCCGUUUAUUCGUCGGUUUAGCUUCCGGCUUAACUACAGCUACUUUACCUAUGUAUUUAAGUGAAAUUGCUCCUUUGACAUUACGGGGUGCUUUAGGUGUAUUCUGUGCUGUGGGUGUAACAGGUGGUGUUGUUGUUGGCCAAGUAUUUAGUUUACGGAAUAUUUUUGGUACAUCCGAUCUCUGGCACUACGCACUUAGCUUUUAUAUGGUUCUGGUUGUUAUAUGCUAUUUACCAUGCUGUUAUUUCCCUGAGAGUCCGAAAUAUUUAUACAUUGUACACGGAAAUCGUGAGCGUGCUCUACGUGAGCUAUUGCGUUUAAGAGGUAAAGACGCUCUCGUCUUAAUACAACAUGAAAUGGAGGAAAUGGAUAUGGAAAUCAGUACAAAAGUUGUGACAAGUAGUUUCUUUUCGGUAUUAAGUGAUCCCGCUCUCAUGUUGCCAUUGAUAAUUGUUUGUUGUUUCCAUGGCGGUCAGCAAUUUUCCGGCAUUAAUGCGAUAUUCUAUUACUCUGUUUCGAUUUUUGAAAAAGCUGGACUUUCUACGGCCGAUGCAGAAUGGGCUAAUUUAGGUGCUGGUUGCUUAAAUUUGGCCACUUCAUUUUUGGGUCCCGUUUUAAUGGCUAAGGUUAAUCGUCGUCCCUUAAUGAUGUUCUCUAGCGCUGUUUGCGCCUGUUUCUUGUUCACCAUUGCUUUCAUUUUAUAUUACAUCGAAGCAUUCAGUUGGUUGCCUAUGGCUUGCAUUGUUUGUGUCAUGGGUUAUAUAUUCUUUUAUCAAUUUGGGCUAGGACCGAUACCGUAUUUCAUUGGGGCCGAACUUUUCGAAGUGGCUCCAAGGUCAGUAGCCAUGUCAAUGGGUAGCUUAGCUUCUUGGUCAUGCAAUUUUGUAAUCGGUAUGGCUUUUCCUAGUCUCUCGAGAGUGUGGGGCGCUUUCGUCUUUCUGCCUUUUUCGCUUACUUGCGCGCUAUUGUUCCUUUUAACGAAAUUCUAUUUACCUGAAACUCGCGGACGCGAUCCCUCGGAAGUGGCUCCAUUGGUAGCUAAAGGCUUUCGUUCUAAAGUUACAUAAAUUUCUCAUCGAGAUUGACGGGCGAUCGUCGUCUCUGCAAUUUAAUUUAAUUGUUCGCGCACAAUGGUUGUUAUACGUGCCUCUGUUUAAUUCAAAAUUUAAUUUAAUCCGUUGUUAAACACUUUUAAAUUUAAUUAAUUUUAGAUAGUCGUAGUUAGUAAUUAAUAAUUCGUCUAAGCUUUUAUACUUGAUUAAUUUAUUAAAACGAAAAAUAAAACAAAAAAACAAAA